UCAAAAUUGAAGCUCCCUCACCAACUUCCCAUCUCCCUCCUUUUGUUUACCUGUGCUGUGAGUUUCAGUUUGUUGUGAAGUCUCCAACGAAGGACAUGGAGGAAUCUCUGCUGGGAGGAGAAGGUAGCAGCAGCUCCAGCUCUCGACGGCAGAUUCCGCAUGUCAGGUUUAGGCGCCGCUCCGAUGCCAUCGCUUAUGGCUCGGCGUACCAAAGAGCAGCUGCUCUUGUGGAUCUGGCUGAAGAUGGCAUUGGUAUACCCGAGAAAAUUCUUGAUCAGUCAAACUUUCAGAGUGCUGCAAGACUCUACUUCAUUUUCAUUAGAUUUGAUUUUCUUUGGUCCUUAAAUUUCUUUGCGCUGAUAAUUCUAAAUUUCUUUGAGAAACCUUUGUGGUGCUCCAAAUACGAGACGCAUUCUUGUAAUGAUAGGGAGUAUUUCUUUCUUGGGCAGUUGCCGUACUUAACAGCUGUUGAAUCUCUUAUAUAUGAGGCCACGACUCUCAUAAUACUCACGAUACACACUUUUUUCCCAAUUUCAUAUGAAGGUGCUCAGCUUUAUUGGAAAAAUCCCUUGAACCAAUUGAAGGUCGUUUGCACAAUUAUUUUGGUUGCCGAUUUUGUCAUUUAUACCCUAUAUUUGUCGCCAGUGGCCUUUGAUUAUCUUCCAUUCAGAGUUGCACCAUAUAUAAGGGUUGUCUUUUUCAUCAUGAAUAUCAGGCAUCUCCGGGAGAGCAUCAUCAUCCUGGCUGGAAUGCUUGGCACAUACUUGAAUGUCUUGGCUCUAGGGCUUUUGUUUCUUCUGUUUUCCAGCUGGUUGGCAUAUGUUAUAUUUGAGGAUACACAGCAGGGAAAAAUAGUAUUUACUUCUUUUGGAGCCACAUUAUAUCAAAUGUUUAUUUUGUUCACUACAUCCAAUAGUCCAGAUGUUUGGAUACCUGCCUACAAGGCAUCUCGUUGGUAUUGUCUCUUUUUUGUUCUUUACGUGCUGUUGGGAGUUUACUUCGUUACAAACUUGAUUCUUGCUGUUGUAUACGAUAGCUUUAAAAGUCAGCUUGCUAAACAAAUUUCCGAGAUGGACCGCUUGAGGAAAAGUAUAUUGGCCAAAGCUUUUGGUCUUAUGGAUACUAAUAACGUUGGGUUUAUCAAUAAAGAGCAAUGCCUUGCACUUUUAGAAGAACUUAACAGAUACAGGUCUUUGCCGAAAGUAUCAAGGGAUGAUUAUGAGUUAAUAUUUGAUGAGCUGGAUGACAGUCGUGAUUUUAAGAUUAAUAUGAAUGAGUUCGCUGAUCUUUGCAAUGCUAUAGCCUUGAAGUUCCAGAAGGAGGACAUUCCUUCAUGGUUUGAAGGGUAUCCUUCGAUCUACCAUUCAGUUUUCUCAAAAAAGUUGAAAGCAUUUGUGCGGAGCCCCACAUUUGGAUAUGCUGUAUCUUUUAUCCUCAUACUGAACCUGGUUGCUGUUAUUAUUGAAACAACUCUUGAUAUAGCAAACAAUGCAGGUCAGAAAGCAUGGCAAGAACUCGAGUUUGUAUUUGGUUGGAUAUAUGUAGUUGAAAUGGCUCUAAAAAUCUACUCGUUUGGAUUUUUGAACUAUUGGAGAGAUGGCCAAAAUCAGUUUGAUUUCCUUGUCACGUGGAUUAUAGUGAUUGGAGAAACUAUAACUUUCGUUGCACCCAGUGGACUAACUUUUCUUUCAAAUGGAGAAUGGAUUCGCUACCUUCUGAUAGCAAGAAUGUUACGCUUGAUAAGGCUCCUAAUGCAUGUCCGGCAAUAUCGAGCUUUUCUAGCUACCUUUUUAACUCUCAUCCCUAGUUUGAUGCCAUAUCUAGGAACCAUUUUCUGUGUCCUCUGUCUUUAUUGCAAUCUUGGUGUGCAGGUCUUUGGAGGACUUGUUAAUGCUGGAAAUGCCACUUUGUCUAAGACUGAUCUGGAUGAGGAUGACUACCUACUUUUCAAUUUCAACGACUAUCCUANUUUUUUUUUUUUUUUUUUUUUUUUUUUAUAUUUAUCUUCUCAGAGCUACAAGGAAUUAACAGGAAGCAUUUGGACCCUCGUUUAUUUUAUCAGUUUCUACCUAAUAACCGUUUUGCUGCUCUUAAAUUUGGUUGUAGCCUUUGUCUUGGAGGCAUUCUUUGCUGAAUUGGAUAUUGAAUCUUCAGAAAAUGGCGAAGAACAGGAUCAGGACGGAGAUAGUAGAAAGGAUCGUCGACGUUUUGUUGGCACUAAAACUCGGAGUCGCAAAGUUGACAUUCUUCUCCAUCAUAUGUUGAGUGCAGAACUGGAUAAGGAUUCCGAUUAGUACUGUUUCUUUUCCAGAUGAGGAAUUUUUCGUCAAAUGAAGCUCCCAGUUUCAGUUCGUCCGUUCCCCGUGAUGCGAGAAUUCCAAAUGAACCAAAAAAACGUGUAUAAAUGAUCCCUACACAUCAUACUUCCUGUAAUCCUGAUGUCAGUGGAUAGUUUUGAAGGGGGUAACCUUAAAGAUGGGGAGUCUGCAUGAACAUUAAUGUAGUUUGUUAUCUGAAUUGCGUAGACAGCAGGUGACUUUCCAAAGUUUUAUUUACUUGAUCUCCAUUAGGAGAGAGAGAGAGCUUAGCUAUACAGUCUGCUAGUUUGAUUUCAGUUGGAUUACUGUACUCUUGAUUUUUAAACUAUGGAAUCCUCUCGCCUCAUCGUUUACCACUCCAUUCACAAAGUCCGAGAUGAUUGCUGGUAAUAAAAUAAUGCGACGUGUGAG